GUUAUUUAAGUAUCUGUUGGUUGGUGAAACUGAUAGUAGGAAAUGUAUGUUGUUGAUCGAAACGAAUGAUUGUGUGCGUUGGUUUGUUGUGUUUAGUUUAAGAUCUUUAAAAUUGUAGUAACGUCAUGGAAAACGCCGAAGGAAUUUUACAAACAUUGGAAGAAUACGUAAAGUUAAAGCCUAACGAUAUACCCAGUGAAUUAAAUGAUUACCUAGCGCAUGUCGCGAAAACGGGUGACCCUGUUUUUCAGUGGUCGGUGGUGAAAUUUUUGUUCCGAGACAAACUAGCAAAAACUAUAACAGAGUUCUAUGAAAGUUGUCCAGCUAUUGAUCUGCCACCGUGUCCAAACGUAGAUGCAUUUAAUUAUGAAGUACUGAAAAACAGUUUAUUAGAACGUUUGGACACAUUUUCAAGCGCGCCCUUUACAGUGCAGAGAAUUUGUGAGUUACUUAUAUACCCGAGGAAAGAGUACAGCCGGGUUGACAAGUACAUGCGCGCUAUCGAAAAGAAUAUUUUGGUGGUAAGUACCAAAGAACCGGGAAUCCCUAAGCGACCAGAAGGCAUUCAGUCAGAACCUGUAAUGAACGGAGUCAUUGACACAAGGGGUAUUGAACUAGGCGAAGCUAUUGAAACAGUUAGUAGCGAAGGUGUCAACUUGAUGCAUGCUGAUAGCAGUGAUGUGCCUGUUCCUGAAAGUGUAAGACUAUUGGAUUGCUCCACUGCUGAUGAAAUGGGCAUGGAAGAAUGUACUAAUAGACCACUUGCCAGCAUGAAGGCGUGGCAGAAAAAUCAACCAACUGUUCUACUUGUUACUGGUAAUGGUGAUAGCAAGACAUAUGGAAUUAAGGAGCAACAAGACAGUCUAUCCACUGGUGACAGAAUAAUAGAAAACAUUGAGUUAAGCAACAACGAUUGUACAAAAAUUAGCAAUAUAUCGGAGCCUGACACUUCUGCAGAAAGUGGUGUUGAAGCAUUCAAUCAAGUCAUCAUAAAUGAAGUGGCAGAUCAAGUAUGCAGUUCGAAAAACGAAAGCCCUCUAAUCGAUGAAACAGACAAAGCAGUUUUUGACAUAAACUUGUCAGAAAUUACGCCAAAUAAAAGUCCUGAAGAAGAUGUUGAAAACACCAUUUCUUCAGAAAUCGAAAGCACAACAGAAAAUAUUGUUUCAGAAGCAAUCGCAAUAGUCGAAGAAAACAUCAAGAAAGAAUGUGAAUCUGAUGAAAACACUGAACCAUCUACAAGUACUAGUGAAGUUUGUCACGAGGCUUCCGAUCAGUUACAUUCUUCAGCAGAACAAGAACCAAUUGUUGAACCACUUCCAGACACUUUAGAUAAAUUGACAUAUGAAACUCCCCCCACUCUUGGUACCGUAAUAACAGUUCGAGAAGAUGUAACAGAAUCACCUGGUAAAGAAGAUGAUAAAGAAACAUGCAGUGUAACAAUAUCUGAAAUUGUUUGUACGCAAGAAGAAGAAGAAGAAGUAUCUGAAAAUUCUGACUCCCUUGUGGAAUCUCAAAGUGUUCACGAACAAGAUGACAGUCAUCAGUUUGUUGUAGCAGAAGAAAGUGACGCAUCAGUUAACAUAGAACCUGUGAAAGUGGCUGUUGACGAGACCAGUUUAUCAGCUGCACCUCAGCCGUCUGCAGCGACUGAGGUGCUCUUGCAAAGCGAGCAGAGUGCAACACAGGAAGAGUGUGAAAGCAGGGAGUCGCUGGCGAGCGGUGCGAUGGUGGCGGGUGGUAUCGAAGAGGACUUGUGUGCGGAGGCCAAUGACAUGGAGCCAGUGGAGAUAGAAGCUGCAGUGGAGCAGGACGAAGCGAUGGAUGUUGACGAGACCAGCCUGCCCAUGGAAGUGGCCACGGAAGAGGAGCCCAUGGACCAGUCAGAGGAGAUGCCAGGGGCUGGAGGUGGCAGUUAAUGGUGUUAUUCUUAGCUGUUCUAAAGGUGGUUCGUUCCAAGAAGUUUGGUUUCCCCAGGAUGCAUUACUACCAUGUUCGUUACUGCCUCAACAUGAUGUUCAGCUUAUCACAAAUUUUGGUUGUUAUCCUAACGAAACAAAUUUUUGGACAUUCUGAGGUAGGACAGCCACAAAUUUGCAGUAUUUCUUUCCUGCAAGUAUGUCUUACAUUGGCACAUCAACAGACUGCGAUUUAUCUGUGCCUUUUACCACUUGACCAUUGUAUCACCAACAUUUUAUGCAGAAUACUAAAAAAAAUUAUUUUGUAGGUGUUGAUUUUUUACUACACUGGUUGAUUGUCAUUUUAAGGUAUCACAAGUGGUUAGAAAAGGUAAUAACUAAUAAGUGUUGUUUAUAACUUAAGGAAAGCAAAAAACAUUCUGAUAAGCUAGAUCUCAGAUUUUCAGUGCAAGAUAGUCCGUUAACUGUGUGAACAUAAGGAACGUUGGUUGAAGAGUGGAGUUGGUGCAGUAUUGUAAUGCUAAAGGUGACUGAAAUAUCAUUUAAUACACAAAACUGCAUAAUUUUGAUGAUGCAUUUGCGCUAUUUAUUUUCAAUGUGUUGUGUUUAACAUGGGAUAGCCCAGAAGUUAAAUUAUCUGAAUGCUGUCUACUGUAUUUGUGUAAUUUUUUUAGCAAAUUUUGUAGAAAUAUUUGUGUAAGUGAACAUGUUUCCCGCGUGUGAAGAUAUUUGUAGGAAUAUGUGUGUUGGGCUUGCUGUUGUGUUCAUUUUAGUGCUGUACAAUGUUUAACAGAACUAGGCAAACCAGAGAAUGUUUAAUGUUCGGAUAGCAGUCCUUGACCGUAUUGUGUCCAUUGGAUGUUUGGAAAAUGCAACAUAAUCAAUAGAGCAGUGAUAUUGUUAUGAAUUAAAGCAUGCAAAGAAUAAUUCAUGUAGUUGUCAUACAGCUGAUAGAGCAGCCAAAGUUUUUGUAGCCUCAAUAGAUAUGGGCCCUGCCCACUUUCCAUAGUACAAAAUGGAAAUAGAAGAGGAGACUUGUUUGCAUGUGUAGCUGAAAACAAGACACGGCAUGCCCCAUGCCUUUGACUCUUGUGGGGAGGGUAGGAGGUAGUUCCGAGGUCUGGGAGGGGCAGACUCACUCAAAGCUGUGUGUGCAAUGUGUUGGUCCAUAGUAGUGGAAUUUCUCUAUCCAAUUGUAACUUGAUGGUUAGCAAAGGUUUUUUUUAUACAGCUUUCAUGUUCCAACUAUUAGUAUCAAGGGACAAAACUGCAUAUGCAUUAUUUUGUAAAUAAUUUGUUUUCAGUGUGGCUAAUGAUUGAUUAGUAACAGUGCAGAUUCUUGGCCUUUAAUUUGAAAUUAUUUGGGAUUUAAAAAAAACUGUUUUCAUUAAUUAUUUGAGUUCAUUUAGAGUUAAGUUUGGUUAAGUACUAUGGUCAAUUCAUUGUUUUUUAUUGCACAGCUAAGCAUUUUCUUUGACAAAUACAUGUAAGUACGUAACUACCGACAGCAAUAUUCACUUCAGAAAUUUGUUUAAUAUAUUUUAAAUGAAAUAGAGUGGCUUCUAAUCAGAAGUUGUGAAAGGUUUUUUGAUUAUAUUUAAAAAUUAAAAUGUUGCUAUGGAUGAAACACAUUAUUCAGUUUUUAUUUUCCUGGGCUUCUGUGAAGAAGUAUGAAACUCAGUAUAGUGAACAAAGUAUUCAGAUUGUACUGUUUUUUUAGCUCAUCUGUGUAAGUGCACGUGUAAUUUUUAUCUUUGCUCAUAAACCAUAGUGAGUUGCUUUAGCAAUGAUAUUUAAAGCAUUUUUUUUUGGGACCAGUGUUAAUAUUGACAUCUUUUAGCAGUCUUCAGUAUCCAUUAGCAACAUAAUACAGGGUGUCCAUAAAAGAAUGUCCCAGUUUCAAUGUUAUAAUAUAACAUUAAUUUAGAUUAUUUACAACAAAUCAUACAUCAAAUUGAAGGUAAACUAACCUAGUUUUUUUUAUAAAUGUUUAAUAUGUGCACCUUGUUUAGUUACACUACUCAUAUCCAACCUAAAGGCCAAUUCUUCCCACACUUUGGUUAACACGUCUGGAGUAAUGGAAGCAAUAGCCUCUUCAAUUUUGUGUCUCAACUUUGGCCAAUCAUUAGGUAGCGGUUGAACGUAGAUACAAUCUUUUAUAAAGCCCCAGAGGAAUAAAACUGCAUGGCGUUAUGACAGGUGAACAUGGAGGCCAGCGAAAUAGAGCUCUGUCAUGUAGACCAUUGCCACCAAUCCAACGGUGAGGGACUUCGAUGUUCGACCACUUUCGUACAAAGAAAUUCCAAUAGGGAAAGGGCUCCAUCCUGUUGCCAAAUAAUGUUUACAUUUUCACCCUUUACUAAUUGGGGAAAGAGCCGUUCUUUUAACAUAGGUGGCGCUGCAAGCGAGAAAACAACAAAGCAGUGCUCGUGAUUGCGCUUAUCUGAAACAGUUAUAAUUACUCUUUAACUGUGACCUUGAAUCAACACACUACAAAACUUACAAUUGAUGCUAUAAAAUUUUAUAAUCGGGACAUUCUUUUAUUGACAUAUUGUAUAGUGUUGAUUGAGUCCAUGUACUGAGAGCAAGACCACAUUACGACAAGGCUCAUGUUUUGCUAUAAAGGCCGUCAGCCUUUGCCUGUCCCCAUUGUUUGUUAUAUGAAAAACUACACAAUGUACGAGUCCUGCUAUAGCAUUUUGUUUAUGUUCUGGAAGCCAAAAUGUUGAAAUUAACAGUGUCGUAACAUUAAUGUUUUCCAGCGAGAAAAGUGAAGAGCCUCGCACUUAGGUUCUGGGGCCCCCAGAAAAUAGUGGAAAUUUUCUUCAUAGCUAUUUAAGCCAUGCUCUGUUUGGAAAGUUGUUACAGGUAUAAGUAGUAGUCAACUGAGAAAUAAACCAUUAGUGUUCUGUACAUUUUCAUUGUAUCACUUGCAAGUUUUCAUUUUCUUAACAAAAACAAAUCAUGAUCAUUUCCCAGGUGUGUACAUUUCUCAAUUUUUGGGUAAAUAUUGCUAUAAAAAAUUAUAUAAAUUAACCAAUAAACAACAUUUAUUGUA